AUGGAUCUCGCUGCCAUUGACGAGGAUCCUGCUGCCGCACUUGCUGCAGUUGAAGCCGAUGCCGUGUCUGCAAUCUCAGAUCAGCAGUUCCUCUUCUCGACACCUGAUCGCAAACAACUAUCAAAUCAAUCUUCCAACGCCACAACACCAGCCCCCGGAUAUUUUUCUUAUGGAAGCAUCGACAGCAAUUAUCGCAAUGAAUUUCGCGACCGAUAUCACGACGACCAAGAUUAUCCAGGUCUCAGGACGCCCUCGUUAUUGUCUAGCCCAAGUGUGGCUUCGAGUCUCGGAUUCUCCACCGGCCGCGUGAGCCCCCAUAAGAGAGCAGAGUCUGUACAUUCGAGAUUAUCUUCCAUAAACGACUCAUCCCGCAAUUCUUCUCCUUCUGAGCGCCGGAGUCACCGACCGCGGAACAGUCGCGAUGUCUUGGCGCAAAGGUUGAGCCAGCUUGCUCACGAGCUUACCUCUGGCGAAGAUGAUCUUCUUGACGAUAGUGGCGUCGACAUUCUCACCGCGCAACUGGAUCAGCUGGAAGGGACAAAGAUGCUUAAGAAGACUGUCUCAUUUUCCGUGCCAUCAACACCAUCACCGCGACCAAACAUUCGACGACCAGUGAGCUUGGAUAUGUACAGCCCUGGCGAAUCUAUCUUCAGUACCCCAGGCUCGGCGUUUAAGACACGAUUCUCAGACUUGGGCGCAUCUAUUAGAAGGGAUCCUGAACCAGAACCGACACCAGAACCUGAUCCUCCACCAAACCUGGGAAUGACGGUGGUACAGGCGAAGAAGGUUAUUCAAGAAGUUACACAACUUAACGAGGAAAUGUCUCAACUUGUUGAAAACCUCAAGGCUAGACAAGAAGAGUCUGAUCAUAUUCAAGGCCUUCUCAUUGAGCGUGCCGAGCGUGCUGCUCAGCGCAUUAUCUUCCUUCAAAACCGCAUAUCUCAUCUUGAGCAAGAACUGCGCGAGAACGAUGAUGAACUCCAGUAUCUUCGCAUUUGUCUCAAAGCUGUUGAGAUUCAAAUGCCUGCACACCCCGAUAAAGAACUCCAAAGAUGCAUAUCCUCCUUCAAGAAAGAUUACCAAGCCCUCAAACGAAAACGUGUCAACCGCUCCAGUAUCGCCAGUUUAUCCAGUCUCGGUUCGCCUUAUCCUGGAUCGCCAGCAUGA